AGCACGUUCGCAGCCUAGCAGCAGUAAAGACGGCGUAAACAAAGCACAGAGCUACAAAUCAGCUAACGCUAAGUAGCUAAUAUUUAAUACGUAGCUGAGACAGGCAGUGUUUGCUAUGAAAACAUUAUUUUUUUUUUUUUUUUAGCAUGAACUCCAUUUCGUUGGUGUAGCAACUGACAUACCGUAUUUCGUUGUGCUUAGACCAAAACCAAACGAGUUAACUAGCUGUUUUCAUCGUCGGUUAGAUUAGCUUUAGGUGCUAACGAGUCACGGAUUUCGUACGUAAGAGUGAAUGGUUAAGUACAUAUUUAUUAUAUAUGGGCAAGACGCGGAACUCACCAUUGCUUAUUGGGCAGUUAAAAUCAGAAGGUGUGACGUAUAACUGUUUAAAAAACUUAGAUCGCUAUGUAGCAAUUUAAGGUAAAGAAUCGAGCAGCUAGCCGCCUAGUUGUCACCACUAAACCGGGGCUGGAUAACGGUGUGACGCUCCUGUCUAGAUGACCACUUGAUUGCAGUCAUCUGGACUCUGACUGCAAUGUUUAGCCUGAUGGCGAAUUGCUGUAACUGGCUGAAACGAUGGCGAGAGCCUGCAAGAAAGGUGACACUGGUGAUGGUGGGGCUGGAUAACGCUGGGAAGACGGCCACUGUUCGAGGGAUACAAGGAGAGAACCCCCAGGAUGUGGCUCCUACAGUGGGUUUUUCCAAGGUUGACCUAAAACAGGGAAAGUUUGAGGUGACCAUUUUCGACCUGGGUGGUGGGAAGAGAAUCCGAGGAAUUUGGAAGAAUUACUAUUCAGAGUCACAUGGCGUGGUGUUUGUUGUGGAUUCCAGCGAUGUGCAGCGGAUACAGGAGACACGGGAGACGAUGGCCGAGGUUCUGCAGCAUCCACGCAUCGCUGGAAAACCAGUGCUAGUACUUGCCAACAAACAAGACCAAGAAGGAGCACUGGCUGAAGCAGACAUCAUUGAGAACCUGUCAUUAGAAAAGCUUGUUAACGAGAACAAGUGUCUUUGUCAGAUCGAGCCGUGCUCUGCAGUUCUUGGUUAUGGCAAGAAGGUAGACAAGUCCAUCAAGAAAGGCCUUAACUGGCUACUGAACAACAUCGCCAAAGACUACGAGGCCAUUACUGAGCGUGUGCAGAAGGACACAGCUGAGCAGCGCGCUCAAGAAGAACAGGACAAGAAAGAGAGGGCAGAGAGAGUACGGCUGGCACGAGAGGAGAGAGCGAGGCAGGAACGAGAGGAAGCAGAACGAGAGGGCAGACAGCUCCAGGAAGAGGAGCCUGAUGAUGAGAACAUGCCCAACCCCUUCCAGCCAAUCGGCAAUGUUAUCACUGAGCAUGAGGACAAAGAAACGGCGAGAAAAAGGCAAAAAGAGCUGCAGGAAGGUGGGACCAACAGCCUGAAGGCAGAUGGAGAUCAGGAGGAGGAUGAGGAGGAAUAUGAGGAAGAGCCAGACGACACAAGACAAACACCAGAAAAUGCCAGUUCAGCUACAAUGGGGGACCAAAGUAAAAAGAAGACGAGGAAGCUGCACCUGAAGAGGAAGCACCGGGUGGACCCUCUGAGGACAGAGGACGCUCCAGUAGAGAAUGCCACCCCCCCACCUCCCCCAGUGGGAUGGGCCACACCCAAAGCUUCUAGGCUGCCAAAACUAGAGCCACUCGGGGACUCGAGACAUUCUGACUUUUACAAGAAGCCGCUACCACCCGUUGCAAACAGGCCACGGCCUAACGGCGACACUCAUGACGUCAUUUUUUAGACCUCCUUUAUUAAUUGAGGUUGACUCUCCACCAAUCACAGCUCUCCCUUUUGCUUUCUGUUUCAAGCAAGCGGUGUAUAGACAAGCAAACACAGAUUGUGGGACGUGGCAGCCAGUGAGUGCGGAAGUGCAACGAACACAAAACGUAAAGGAUGGUCAGAUGAGCAGCAUGGGAAGUCAAGUCCUGCUCAGAAGCUGAAAUCCAGUUUCACGGACUGACACAGUUCAGAGUGAAACGAGGAACCUGCUUGAACUAAUGCAGUUGUUUUGACAGUCAGGUUCCGUAUCCACUUGACAUAGGCACGCCAUGUGCUGAACUCUUGUUGCUACUGUAGACUGAAAUUUUAUUUUUUAUUGUUAAUAUCAGUAUUAGAUGGUUUGGACUCCAUUUGUCCAGCUGAAACGGCUUUUAAUUUACAAAGAAUGUAAUUUUUUCUAUCAUAACAUUAUGUCUGUUUAGGUUUGUUACUGAUUAAUGGAUUUGUACACACACAGCCAUUAAAAAAAGACACUUCUGUAUUUCUCUACAUAUAUAUGUAUAUAUAUAUAUGUAUAUAUACAUAUAUUUUGCACAAAUGUGUAAUUUGGACAAAGUUUGACAGAGGGAUGUACCCGAAUGUUGAUAAAACUGUAGAUGUCUUAAGUGGUUUUUCACAGCUCAGUGCAUUAAAUAUAAUAAUUUUCAGGUUCAAAAGAUUUCCUUUUUUACAUUAACUGUGUGAAAUGAGGAUGAGUCACAGUUGAACACUUGCAAGGGGAGGUUAACAAAAUUGUUCUUUGAGGGGAAAUGGGUGUAGGUUGGAUGUAAUUUGCUACACUGUGUUAUUCGUAAGAAAUAUGUUACUUGACACAAUUGGUCAAUUUUAGCUAUGUGACAUUUAUCCCUUUUUUAGCAUCCAUGAAAAAAAAAAAAAAAGAAAUGAUCUGUGAUGUCCUUUUUAAGUGGUACUCCUCAUGAGUCUCUUGCCAGCAGUCACAUCAUAUUUAUUGUGAAAGAAAAGAGAUAAGUGCAUAAAAAUAUAUUUGUCUUACAGGGCUACAGAUUCUUUAUAUAUAUAUAUAUAUAUAUAUAUAUAUAUAUACUCUGCUGUUUACACUACGUUUCUGUUUCCAAAGUGAUAUUUCUCUUGAGGCAGGAAUCAGGCUCAGACUCACACCCUCUCAGGUGGCCCUGAGGUGUGUGCCAGCACUGUUUUUGUUGUUGUUACUGUUCCAGCUUUUCCAACUUGUCUUCUGCCUCCUCUUCACUUUGAAAAUAUCUGAAAAUGGCUUAAAUUAUAUCUCAAAAAACCACAAACAAACCCUUGGAACAGCUCAUUGCCCCACUUAACUUUAUCUGUGUUGGAAGAGUUUGCAGUGGGACAAUGAGGGAGCAAAAAGUAGGAGAGACACUACACCGACUCCUGGAACAGCCAAUACUGGAUCACAAUACGACAAAAUAAUGUGUAGCACAAAGUAAACAACUGCUGUACUGAACUGAAAUAUCACUUUUUGAAACAUUCCUGUCUUUUAACUCUUAACUUAAUGAGGUAGAUGUUCAAAACCAUAUUUUUUCUACACAGCUUGACUUUUGUAACAGCACAAUUAAAGAUGUUUAAAUAUCUUCCUAA